AUGUGGUCGUUGGCUUUCCAGGGUUUCCCGAUGUCUUUGCAAACCUCCAGGCGAGGCUGAGUCAUCCACAUUGCCAGUUUUCCCAGCAUAACCCAGCUGACCUCUGCGCUGCAACUCUACGUGCAUCCUCCACAUGCUCAAGUAUCUUCAGAAUCCUGAGGAAACCAAAGACAGGCCAAGAGUAGAAGCCGCAGAGGACAUGCCUACUGACAUGAAUUUCUGCCAGAUGCCCCCGAGAUUAGAAGCAGAAGAGCAGAAUGGAUCGUGUGAGAGAUUGGUGUCGUUUGAUGAUGUCACCGUGGACUUCAGCCAGGAGGAGUGGCAGCACCUGGACCCUGCCCAGAGACGCCUGUACCAGGACGUGAUGCUGGAGAUCUACAGCCACCUCUUGGCAGUGGGUGAAUUACAGCUUGACACACCACAUCAACAAACUUUUGUGAAAACUUCAUUUCUAAGGGAUGCAUCCAGCGAAGUCGCAGGACAUGGUUCAUAUUGUUCCGUCUUAGAGAAGCUGUGGCAGGCUGGCAAUACUACAGCAAAGACAGAUCAGCAAAGACAGAUCCCACCCGUAAAUCCUGGUGCUUUCCAAAAUCAGAAAACACUGAGCAGAGACGGUGGCUGUGACUGUGAAGAAACUGGAGAGUCUAUUCUCUUGGGACCCCACCUCAUUUCUACACAAUAUGUACCUCCAAGGGGUUUCUCAUUGGCAAAAAGUCUGAAGCCUAACCUUGAAGCAUACAGUGACAAUCAAAGCAGUACCACAAAGCAGGUUAGUGACAUUGGAUCUCAUCAGUUUUUUACACAAGGCUCUUCUAAUAGUGUGUGUACAAUUCCUCAUCAAAGAGAGAAAUUAUACAGUGAAAGUCAGUUUGGGAAUGUUCUUUCUCCCAGUCUACCACUUAUGGAGCAUGAAAUUAAUUUUCAAGACAAAGCAGUUGACUAUACUGGAUGUGGCAAGGUCUUCACUGGUGAGUCAGCUUUCUGUCAACAACAAAUAACUAACAGUAUGGAGACGUCUUUUAUCUGUCACACAUGUGGGAAAACCUUUCUCCACAAGUCUAAAUUGACCUCCCAUCCAGACACUCAUAGAGAAGAAACACCUUAUGAAUGUCCUGACUGUGCAAAAUCACUUAGGAGUAUGUCCAGCCUGCAAGUGCACCGUGACAUCCACACAAAGGAGAAACGUUAUGAAUGCCAUGUGUGUGGGAAAUCAUUCAGUUAUACAUCCCACCUAAAGGUGCACCUUCGGACACACACUGGGGAGAAACCUUAUGCAUGUUCUGACUGUGGAAAAGCCUUCAGCCAAAAGUCCGUCCUCACCAUACAUCAGAGAAUUCACACUGGAGAAAAGCCUUACACGUGCAGUGACUGUGGGAAAAUGUUUGUUUGUGCAUCAGAUCUGACAAAGCAUUGUCGAUUUCACACAGGGGAAAAGCCUUAUGAGUGCCCUGACUGUGGGAAAUCUUUCAGUAUUAAAUCUAACCUGCUUGCACACCAUCGAAUUCACACCAGUGAGGGACCUUACAAGUGCUUUGACUGUGGGGAGUCAUUCAGGAAAAUAUCCCAGUUGAAGGUCCAUCAUCAGAUUCACACUGACGGAAGAUCUUUUGUGUGUUCUGACUGUGGGAUGGCCUUCAGCCAAAAGUCAGUCCUCACCACACAUCAGAGAAUUCACACUGGGGAGAAAUGUUACCCAUGUAGCGACUGUGGAAAGUUGUUUCUGUAUGCUUCAGAUCUGAAGAAGCAUUGUCGAGUUCACACAGGGGAGAAGCCUUACAAAUGCCAUGACUGUGGGAAAUCAUACAGUGUGAAGUCACACCUACAUGUACAUCAUCGCAUUCACACUGGUGAGAGACCUUACAAAUGUGAUGACUGUGGGAAGUCAUUCAGAAGAAACUCUCACCUGCAGAUGCAUCAGCAAACUCACACUGGUGAGAAACCUUACAAAUGCUCUGACUGUGGGAAGUCGUUCCGGAGAGCGUCCCACCUGAAGGUCCAUCACCGAAUUCACACUGGGGAGAAACCUUACGUGUGUUCUGAGUGUGGGAAGGCCUUCAAUGAUAGGUCGGUUCUCAGCACACAUCAGAGAAUUCACACUGGAGAAAAGCCUUACAUAUGCAGCGACUGUGGGAAAGCCAUGUCUUCUAAAGCCAAUCUCAAAGAGCAUCAGCGAAUUCACACAGGCGAGAAGCCGUAUGUGUGCGCUGAGUGUGGGAGGGCCUUCAGUGAUAAGUCCUCUUUCUAUAGACAUUGUAAAAUUCACAGUAAGGAGAGAUCUUUUGUCCAUAACAAAGCAGAAAAGGGCUUCCUGCAGAACUCACAAGUGACAUCCUAGGAGCAAAUUCACAGUGCAGAGAAACUAUAGUGAUGUUCUGUCUAUGGGAAGUCUCAUUGUUAUGUAUCAGCCGAAGCUGUAUCAUCAAGGUCACACAUAUUACCAUUACUGAAGCUGUGGGAUACUAUUGGCGCACCAUCCACGCCAUACCGGGAAGAGACAUUAUUUGUGUUGUGAAUGCACCAAGUCCUUCAAAAUCAUGUCAUUUCAGUAGACUCGAGUGUUUAUACCAGGCAAUCUUCUUAAAGACACCUGAUCAUAUAAAAGAAUUCAUUGUAGAGUCAAUUCCUCAUCCUUCAUCAAAAUAUUCUUGGUUUUCAUGAAAAAAUAUUUUAUCACAGACCUAUGGAGGACUAGGGAGAUAUUACACUCAGUUGUUAAAUUCUUUGUCUUCUGGAUACCACAGGCACACACAUACACACAUACAUGCCACACACAAUACAUAUGCAAACCUAACUACAAGCCAUAGUUCAUAGUUGAAAAAAAGUAUAGCUAUGCAUUGCUUGUUUAAACAUAUAAAUAAUUAUAUGUGGGAGAAUUAUUAAUGAACUUGUAGGAAGAAGCACAAAUAUUGUUUCCUUGCAUGAAGAAAUGUUGAUUGAUGAUUUGAGGUAAACCUUCUAUAGUUAAUGGUACAAAGUUUCUAGGCUAUAGGAAAGUUUGUUGGAAAUUACAUCAGUGGCUUCUCUGUUUAUUGUGGGAUACUAUUUUUUGUUUGUUUGUUUGUUUGUUUUUACAAGACGGGGUCUCACUAUAUAGUUCAGUUCAGGCUGUCCUAGAACUCACUAUAUAGACCAGGCUGGCCUUUAACUCACAGAGAGCUGCCGCCUCUGCCUCCCAAGUGCUGGGAUUAAAAGUGUGUGCCACUCUGCCUGGAUGGAUACUAAUAUUUUUAAAUGUCACAAAACAUUUCUCAUCUCUGUCUAGGAAAGGAUAUAAGUCCUGGGCUUGUCUGUAGCAUGGUGGUCGGCAGACAAAGUGACCAGUUUUGACUUCCCAGGUCUUUCAAUGAAUUCUUCACCACCUUGUCCAGUCUCGGGUACUUAUAGAGCAUCUCCUUCAGGGUUCCAUUUGAGAGAGAAACAGAAACUCAGAAUGUUCAUGAAUCCAUGGUAGUGCCUCCCCAGUGCUGGUGUGAGUAAUAUUCCUCCAUAAUUUAUGUUCUUCCAGAACCUCAGAAUGUAGCCUUAUGGAAAUGGCUUCUUUAUAGAAGUAACUUAGAAUGCAGACGUGCUUGGUCAGUGUUGGUCCUAAAUCUAAUGAGUGGCAGUCUUGUGAGAAAGCCAUAUGAAGACUCAAAAUUUUUGAAAGACAGGACCAUGGAGGCAGGGGUUUUAGUGCCACACCUCCAAGCCAUGGAAUGUUAGCAACAGAAGCUAGAGAAGCUUUCUUCUUGGGAGUUUCCAAAAUUAGCCAUCACUUGGCCAGUACCUCCUUGAUUUCCAAAUUCUGGUCUCAAGCACGGCAAGAAAAUCAGUUCCUAAUAUUUUGUGAACUAUUCUAAAGCAAUCUAGGAAAAUCAGCAUAGUGCAGCAGGCUCUUGGAUGCCAGUGUGUACUCAUGGGCUGCCUUCCUGGUUCUUCUGUUACAUCUCGGUACCUUCUUUGGUCAUUCUUUUCUCAUCCACUGUUCCUGAAUUUCCUGUUCCUCUGUCCUCACUCUGCUUCCCAUGUUUGAACUCCUUCCGCUAAGCCUUUCGCAUGUUGCUGUUCUUCCUGUGGAACCCUGGCCCUCAACUUA